ACCCCUAUCCACGUCACUUCCGAAAUUUGAGAGAGAAGUGAGAUGGCAGAGCUGUCGCUAUAUCUCACUAAUGUCAACAUCUCUUUGGGGAAAGCUAUGGACACUGAAAAGAGCUCCAAUAUGGUGAAGGAGUUUGAGAGUGUGGAGCUGGGAGACUUAGGGAUGAAGAAGCAGAAGGUGCCCCGAAGAACGAUUUACUUUGCCAGUGGAGAGACCAUGGAGGAAUACAGCACAGAUGAAGAAGAAGAGGAGGAAGUGCAAGCUUCUAUAGCUGUUAAGACCUCAGCUGACCCUUCCAGGUUGACUUGGGGUCCAUAUUUCUUGUUUCACAUGUGGAGAGUGGCAACCUCCACUAUUUCAGUUUGUGACUAUCUUGGGGAGAGAAUGGCCUCAUUGUUUGGCAUUACCUCACCUAAGUACCAGUAUGCUAUUGACGAGUACUACAGAAUGAAAAAGGAGGAGGAGGAGGAGGAGGAGGAGAACCGGCUGUCUGAGGAGGCAGAGCGUCGUUUUGAGGAGGAUCGUGACCAGGAGAUGCAGCAGCCAGCCAUGGAGCAGCCGGAGGGUAAAGCCUCCUUCGUCAACGUCACCUUUGAGCUGGAUCAAGAUGCCACACCUGAUGCCAACAGAUUCCCUGCCCCCAUCCCCACCUAACAGUUCAAUUAAAUGGACAUCUUCACAUUUCACGAUGUAGCCUCCUCAGCAUUUUUGCUAUAGUGUAGUUCUUAUUUUUGUAUCAUAUUGAUCAUGUUCUAUUAAUACUGUAAGUCAGACAUGAGACAGAAUACAUAUUUUUUAGUUGCUGCGUUGUCAAUAUGCAUUAACUUUUGUGUGCAAUGAGCACACACAUUAUAGAUAUGAUGCUGAUUUUAACUAUUUGCGGGUUUAAAAAAUUCAGGUACUUAAUAACAUUGUUAUACAAUAAGUUAGCAGCGAGAUAAGUGACCUUUCUAAAAACCAUUCCAGGGGUGCAUAAUGUUAUUGGAAUAGUUGAUUUAUUUCAGUUGGAAAUUGCUUUUUAUAUUCAUUAUCAACCAUGACAAUGUUCCCCUUAAAAUACCCACAAAUAUCCUAUUGUUUUACUAUGACUAGUUCUCCAGUUCUUUUCAGAAAGUUCAUCAAAAUAAUGUUGGGAACUGUCCUCCAGGCCUUUAACAAAACUUCACACGUUGCUUGUUGGCAUCUGUGCUCACACUUCAGUCAUUACUAUUGUCCAGAACCAUAUAUUUAGAAAUAGCUCUGCUGAAGUUUACCUUAUCUGCCAUGAUCCCUUCUGAGUGUAUAAGGCUUGAUAAGGAAGCCCAAGGUAAAGCGAAACAUGUUUAAAAAAUAUCUGCUGCUUUUCUUUUGAACAGCAAUAAUAUGAAAUGCCACUUUAUUAGGGCUGGUUGUAUAAGGAAAAUAUUUUCCCAUCCUACGGUAUUCACACUACACACCUUUACCCAAGGAAAGAAAAACUGAAAGGCCAACAUAAUUAUGUAAAAACAUUUUAUAAUGUGUUAAUGGAAAAACAGUUUCAUUUGAAGGCUUUUUAUAGUCAUUUUUAGAGUAAAAUACACAGUAUUUUCAUUUUCUAUACUUUGUACACUACAUUAAUAAACAUUUAAACAGGUCAUACAACUGUG